AUGUUGCUGGAUUGUGCCCAGCACCUUUCAGCGAACGGAGAGCUCGAUGACAGGAAGAACCAUGCCAGCCUAAUUGACAAGUUCACCUUAUCAAAACAAUCUGGAGCCACAGAAAAAGACUGUGACAACGAAUUGCCCUCAGCUGAUGGAAAGGAAGACAGUGUUAUGUGUAGCACGACUGAUCUCUUCCAGCUCCCCUAUGAGUAUUAUCGGAAAGGGGAUGUACUUAUUGGAGAGAUGACUUCUCAGCUUGGUUGUAUGAUGGAUGAAAUAUCUUUUAGUGAACACCCUAAAACAAAGUUUGCAGAUCAACUUCUUGCCACACCGAAGAACUAUCAGCAUGUCCUAUCCUUGGCACUUGCUGUGGAAGAGAUCAAUGAGAAUCCAAAGAUCCUAUCAAACGUCAGCCUGGGGUUCCACACCUAUGAUAGCUACACAAAUGAAAGGAUGACCCAUCAGAACACCCUGAAGCUUCUGUCCAGCACAGAAAGAAUUGUCCCUAACUUCAUAUGUGACAGGAAAAAGAAUAUGAUUGCUGUUAUUGGGGGACAAGACUCUGACAUCACCCUUCACAUGGCUAUUAUCUUAGACAUCUACAAGAUUGCACAGGUGGCCUACUGCGUACUAGCUCCAGUGAGGAGUAUUAAAGCCCAGCUUCCUUCCCUCUACCGAAUGGUUCCCAAAGAAAUCUAUCAAUACAAAGGGAUUGCACAACUACUUCUACAUUUCCAGUGGAUAUGGGUGGGGAUUAUUGCAACAGAUGAUGAGAGUGGAGAAACAUUUCUGGAGAUCUUGAUCCCAUUGCUCUCUCAGCAUGGAAUCUGUACAGCCUUCUAUCAAAAAAUGCCAUCCUUAUCUCAAGCUAUGGAGAAUUUCAGUUCAUUAGACGUCAUUCGGUCCACAUCUGUUCGCUUCAUCACUUCAAAAGUCAAAGUACUGACUGUAUGUGCAGAACCUAAGACCAUUGCAGCUUUGAUAUGGAUUAUAUAUUUAUUUUCCUUAUUAAAAGGCAUUAGAGAGACUUCUAUAGGAAAGGUAUGGAUUAUGACAGCACAAUGGAAUUUUUCACCAGAAUUACUGCACAAAGAUUUUGAUAUACAGGUCUUUGAUGGCACAUUGUCUUUUGCAAUCCACUCAAAUGAAAGGCAGACUUUCACAAGCUUCCUGAAGACAUUGAAUCCUAAUACUGCCAAUGGAGAUGGUUUUCUCAGGAUCUUCUGGGAGCAAGCUUUCAACUGCUUCUUUUCUGAUUCUAAUGAGUACAAGGAAAGGAUAGACAGUUGCACUGGCCUGGAAAAGCUGGAGAGCCUCCCUCAGACUCUGUUUGAAAUUAGCAUGACUGGCCAAAGCUACAGCAUCUACAAUGCAGUUCAUGCCAUCGCACAUUCUUUGCAUAGGAUGCACUCAUCCAUGUCAAAACACAGAGCCAUGGCAAAGAAAAGUAAACUAGAUCAUAAAAAUCUUAAAUCUUGGCAGCUUCACUAUUUCCUGAGGAGCAUCUCAUUUAACAACAGUGUUGGUGAGACAGUUUCAUUUGAUGAGAAUCGUGAACUAGCAGCUGGGUUUGAUAUUAUGAACUGGGUUACUUUCCCAAACCAAUCCUUCUUACGAAUGAAAGUAGGAAGAAUGGAUCCACAGGCAUCACAAAACCAAGAAUUUACAUUGAACAAGGAGGACAUCAUGUGGAACAGUGUGCUUAAUCAGGUGCCGCCUUUUGCUCUGUGUAAUGACCACUGCCAUCAGGGAUAUGUGAGAGAAAAGAAGGAAGGGAAGCCAUUUUGUUGCUAUGACUGUGCUCCAUGUCCGGAUGGGAUGAUUUCAAACCAAAAGGAUAUGGAUAAUUGUUUCAAAUGCCCAGAAAAUCAAUUUCCAAACAAAGGCCAAAAUCAAUGCAUUCAAAAGGCCUUCAAUUUCCUUUCUUUCUCAGAACCUUUAGGGCUCACUUUAGCUUUCAUGGCUCUGUCUUUUUCUCUGAUCACAGCUUUCAUACUUGGAAUCUUUACCAAGCAUCAAGACACUCCCAUCGUCAAAGCAAACAAUCGGGAACUCACAUACUUUCUCCUCAUUUCCUUAUUGCUCUGCUUCCUCUGCUCCUUCCUAUUCAUUGGGUGGCCUCAUACAGUGACAUGCUACUUACGACAAGCUGCUUUUGGUAUCCUAUUUUCAGUGGCUGUUUCAUGCAUAUUGGCCAAAACAAUCACUGUGGUUCUGGCUUUCUUGGCCACCAAGCCAGGAUCCAGGAUGAGGAAAUGGGUGGGGAAAAUACUUACAUAUUUCGUUCUUCUCGGUUCCUCCUUUAUUCAGAUGAGUAUUUGUGCUGUUUGGAUAUGCACAGCUCCACCAUUCCCAGAUUUUGACUUUCACUCUCUGACUGAAGAAAUUGUAGUUGAAUGCAAUGAGGGGUCUGCCACAAUGUUUUAUUGUGUCCUGGGUUACCUGGGUCUCCUGGCCUUUGUGAGCUUCACCAUGGCUUUCCAUGCCAGGAAGUUGCCAGACAGUUUCAAUGAAGCCAAGUUCAUCACUUUCAGCAUGUUGGUGUUUUGCAGUGUUUGGUUGUCCUUUGUGCCCUCUUACUUGAGCACCAAAGGGAAGCACAUGGUGGCUGUAGAAAUCUUCUCCAUCUUAGCCUCCAGUGCUGGGUUAUUGGGAUGCAUAUUUGCCCCUAAAUGCUACAUAAUUCUACUGAAACCUAAUUUGAACAGAAAAGACCACUUAUUUAGGAGGAAUUGGGAAUGA